GUAGGCUGUUUCGGUUACUGCCUUCACCCCCUCACUUAUUUUCUAUUUCUCUAAUCAAACAGCAAGCAGCCAAGAUGGACAUUGUAAACCAGUUAGUUGCUAACGGACAAUUCAGGGUACUGAAAGUGCCUCUGGGCUUCAUGAAAGUCCUGCAGUGGGUGUUUGCUAUCUUUGCAUUUUCCACCUGUGGGACUUACUCAGGCUCUUUUCGCAUGCGUGUGGAGUGCAAAAACAGAUCAGAGAGUAACCCAAGAAUAGAUGUGAAAUUUGAAUACCCAUUCAGGCUCCAUCAAGUCUACUAUGAUGCUCCAACCUGCAAAGGUCAAAAUGAUCGUUAUUUCCUUGUGGGUGACUACUCCUCCUCUGCUGAGUUCUUCGUCACCAUCGGGGUUUUUGCCUUCCUUUACUCCAUGGCAGCUCUUAGCGUCUAUAUCUUUGCCUUUGAGAAGUACCGUGAAAACAACAAAGGACCACUGAUUGAUUUGGCCGUGACAUGUGUAUUCACCUUCAUGUGGCUUGUGAGCUCGGCAGCAUGGGCAAAGGGUUUGUCCGAUGUGAAGACGGCCACAGACCCAGAGAAGGUUAUUCAGUACAUCCCAGCCUGUAAAAAGGACGAUGUCAACAGCUGUGGUGAGGUUCAUGACCCUGUCAUGUCCGGCCUCAACACUUCUGUGGUCUUUGGCUUCUUGAAUCUGAUCUUGUGGGCAGGCAACAUCUGGUUCGUGUUUAAAGAGACAGGUAUCAUUGCUCCUUUCAUGCGCCAGCCACCUGCCCAGGAGAAGCAGCCAGCCCCUGCCUCAUAUGGUCAGCAGGACUAUGUGCAGCAGGAUCCGUACCCGGGCCCCCAGGGAGGGUAUCAGCCUGAUUACAACCAGCAGGGCUACAACCAGGGUGGAGAUUACGUCCAGGGUGGCUACAACCAGCAGGGGGCACCCACCUCUUUCGCCAACCAGAUGUAAGGACAGGGUAUUGGAAGAGGUUGAUGGAGGCUGAAAGAGGGUGAUCGUGUGAUCAUAGGAGUGUGGCACCUGAACCUUACUCACACACCCACACUCUUCCUUGUCUUCUGUAUUUGUGCAUAUGUCUGUGGACGAAAUUAUUGGGGUGGGGGUUGGGGGGUCAGGUGAUACUUAGAGAAAGCUGUAGGGCAUCGGGAGAAACGAAGAGAUUAUUCUCUGUGCUGUUUAUUAUUGUGAUGUAUAAAUUAUAAAAUAAAAUGUUAGGUAUGAUCAGAUGAACAUGAAAAUACAUAAAAUAUUUAAAAAAGAUAUAUAAAUCAUUGCUAUAUAAAUUCUGAAUUGAUGAUGUUGACAAUAGUUAUGCUAAACCUUGAGAGAAUGUAUUUGUCUGUGCUGUAUAAAUAUCAAUAUGAACAAAUAUAUGGAAAUAUUUCCUAAAGAUCUUUAUGGGAUUAUUCUACUAUAGUAAGUUAUUUUUAGAGAAGUUCAUUUAUGAUGAUACUAACUAUGAAAAUGAGCUGUAAACCCACUGGAAAUAGUUCUCUGAGAAGUACUGGCUUGGUAGAAGUUGCCUAGAUAUUCACUGAAGUUUGAAUUUUUAGAUGUUCACCCAUAAAAUUGUUUUUUUUUGGUUCACUGAGCAAUAGGCUAUAUGAGUCCAAACUUCAAAAUAACAUUCAAUUAUAAAAUAUCUUGCAGUAUUUUUUGUUCUUUUUUAUUAAAUUUGGUUGAUUUUGUACACAUUUUAGUAAUACAACAAGAAUGGGUGUAAUGAGAUGGAGGACUAAACCUUUUUCUGUAGUAUGAACACCAGACAGAGAAUCAGUCCUGUGUAUUGAGUUGGUGGUAGUCUAGAUAAAUGUGCAAGUUUCAAUAUUUGACCCUCUUUUUUUUCCCUUUUCUUCUUACCCCCUUUCUCUCCAUUUUUUUUUUGCUCUUACACACACAUGCACACACACACUUAAAUCAAUUUUCAAUCUAAUUUUUUUCCGAAAGAGUUUGAAGCACUGGCUUUGUUUUAGCGUAGUUAUACUGAAAUAUAUUUUGAAGGAUCUGUGUAAAUAUAUAUGUAUGCCAUGCAAAAUCUGGGUUUUAUUGAUUUACUCUGUUACGUUAUACAGCAGAUCUGUUCAAAGAUAUAACAUCCGUAUAUGCACUAACUGGACUGAUUAAAGUACUAAUGGAAGUAAAUCAUUAAAUGAUUUGAUCACAGCAUCGUGUGGAUGCCCGGAUAGAUUGGUUUAUCUGCUUGACUAAUCAACUUACAGAAGCUGAUCGUAUCUGACAAUUAUAUGAUAAACAAAUUGGUCCUUAUUGACUGGAUUGCUGAAGACCAGCCUGCAUUGUCCAUUGUGAUUCAAGUAACAAGCAUGAACUUUACCUGUAACCAACAUCAGUUUGCUCAUACGGAAAUGUAUAUGAGCAGUAUAUUUACACUUUCUUGUAUGGUGUAAGCCUUGAAUUCUGGAUUGUGUAGCUGUAGUAAUCUAUAUGCAAGAACGAUCAAUAUACACUGUCUAAAGGCUGAGGAACAGCACAGGCAUUCUCAGUCCCUUACAAUCAGUGCAUUUAUUUGGCAGUAAUUUGGUGGAUAUUUUAUGAUGAGCUGCUCUAUAGUUAUGCAUGAUCAUGUGCUCAUAUGUCUAGCUUGAUUCAAUUUAUGACUGGGUCUCAUCUAAUAUUUGCACACUUUUAGUGGUCCUUGGGUGUAAGGCAAUUUGAGUAGCUUUUGAGUAGAUCUAGACAGCCUGUGAACCCACAGCCUUAACGCCUCUCUUACUUUUUCCUUUUAUUUCUAUUCUUCUCUCGCUCUCUUUAAUCUGUCCCAUUCCCUUUCUCCCUAAUAAAUAUGCUAUUCAACUACUCCGUUGUUAGUGGUGUUUGGUUCGUCUCGUGAAACUCUCGAUGCCUUUGGGUUGUGCUGUAUUUAUUGUGUAUAACAUAUUCUUAGCGUUCAAAUGAUGUUGAUGGCAGUGAAUAUGACCAUGCUGAAAAAUCACCAAAAUUAUCCAGAAAUUCUGUUGUAUUGUUCUAUGGAAUCCAUGAAGGAAAAAUUCAAUAA